AUGCGGCUGCCGCCGCGCUCUCUCUUGCUGCGCUUCUCCGCAUGUCCGGUCAUCUUCCCCACCGCGUCUCCCGCUCAUCCUCAUCUUCCCGCUCUCCCCCGCCCCAUUCCCCCAUCGCUCUCCGCGCGUGUGCAGCUCGGCGUGUGCGUGACGGUGUUGAAGCAGCAGUGCCGCGAGCACGGCGUCGCACGAUGGCCGUUCCGCAAGAUCCGCAAGCUGGACCACAUGCUGUGCGCGCUCGAGGGCGCAGUCAACCGUCCGGGGGCGGCGAGCAGCAGCAAGCCCGCGCUAACGGCGCAGCAGGCGCACACGAACCACCAGCGGAAGCGCAAGAUCGGCGCGGUCAAGGAGACGCUGUCGGGGCUCUUGACGGAUCCCAACUCCGCGGCGCACAUGCGCCUCGGCAAGAUUAAGUACAAGCGCUUCCGGCCGUUCCUGGCAGAGGACGAUCGGAACAUUCGCCCGCGGCCCCUGCACGCGUCGGUUCGACACGCCCGUGCUCCCGCUGACGUUCCCGCCGACGCUGACAUUGACGUUGAAGCUGACGCUAACGUCAGUGGCUCCAACGCCGGGGCGCGCAAUGGCGCUGGCGCAAUGCCGGACUUUGACAUGAACGAGCCGCCUUGCAGCGAGGUCGUCUUGGACAGUUCCGCCGAUCUGACCCGUUGCGCGGACGGCGUUGCUUGCGCGCGCGACAUAGCGUGCGCGGACGGCAUUGCUUGCGGGGACGGCAUUGCUUGCGGGGACGGCAUUGCUUGCGGGGACGGCAUUGCUUGCGGGAACGGCAUUGCUUUCGCGGACCACGAUGCACGCGUGGACGACGACGUUGCUCGCGCGGACGACAUUGCGGCAGAUUCGUCCUGUUUCACGACGCCUCUCCCCACGCCGCUCCCCACGCCGCUUUCCACGCCGACUUCUUCUCGUCGCCCGCCGCUCGCGCUUCCCCCUUUGUCCCUCGAGCCGUGCAGCGCGCAGCCAUGCGCGCGCGCUCUUCCCCGCUCCUUGCUCUCCCCUCUCCCGUCCGCCACGAGCGCGAAUCCAUUCGCCUCGCCGCUGCACCUGCCGUCACUCCCAUCCCUUCCACUCGCGUCGCCGCUCUGCCUGGACGACGAUAUACCUGCUGCGGUCACUGCGACAGCGUGCCAACCGACGGGAGUGUCAAAUCAUCCCUGCUACAUGCAUGCAUGA